AUGUCUCCGCAUUAUCUAUCUAGAGACAGACAAGUAGAGCUAGCCCAAAUAGCUCAAAGCAUUGCCACGCCGGGCAAGGGUAUUUUAGCUGCUGAUGAACAUGCAGCUAUUAUCGAAUCGCGUUUUUCACCAAUGGAUAUUCAGAAUAAUGAAGAAAAUCGUCGUUAUUAUCGUCAAAUGUUAUUUCGAACAAAGGAAUGUAGUCAGUAUCUAAGUGGAAUCAUUUUAUGUCAUGAAACGUUUUAUCAUAAAACUGACGACGAUGAUAUACCGUUUCCUCGUCUUUUGAAUGAGAUGGGCAUCAUGCCUGGUAUCACAGUUGACAGAGGAUUAAUUAUACUGGGCGGUACUGACAACGAGACUACAACUCAAGAUGGCCUCGAAGAACGUUGUCGAGAAUACAAAAAGAACGGCGCACAAUUUGCUAAAUGGCGUGCUUUGAUAAAAAUCGGUCCAACCUGUCCUUCGCAAUUGGCCAUCAAUGAAAAUGCUUCUAAACUUGCACGAUAUGCGUCGAUUUGUCAACAAUGUGGUCUUGUACCUAUUGUCGAACCAGAAGUAUCAUUAGAGGCAACUGUGUACAAAGCAUUAAGUGAUCAUCAUGUUUAUCUUGAAGGCACACUGCUUAAACCAAACAUCGUUACCCCUGGUGUUAAUUGUGUAAAAACGUACACAAUUGAACAGAUUGCUGAAGCAACAGUAAUUGCAUUUCGUCGUACUGUUCCAACCGCUGUACCUGGCAUAAUGUUUCUUUCCGGUGGACAUAAUGAAGAGAAUUCAACUGCAUACUUAAACGCCAUCAAUCGCGUACAAUUGUAUAAGCCGUGGGUAUUAUCAUUUAGUUACGGACGUGCAUUGCAAACAUCGGUUUUACGUGCGUGGAAAGGCAAUAAAAACAAUAGCGAACAAGCUCGAAAAGAAUUUUUGCGUCUAACUAAACAAAAUGGUUUGGCAUCAUUGGGACAAUAUGAAAUAUCCGCUUAA